UUCCGCGUUGCUAUGGUAGCGGCUCUUCAACAACCUCCUGUGGCCAGCUAGAAGUGUCAGGGCGCCCGGGUGUGGAGCAGGGAAGAUGCCGUCGGCUGCUGGAGGAGACCGGAGGAAGGAGUUCCUCCUCAGUACUGUGCACAACUACUUCGGGCUGCCGGCCGCAGAGCCGCUCAAAGACUGCGCCGUGCUCGACCGCUUUCUGGAUGACGGCAAUGAGUUCGUCCUGUCAGCGAGGAGAGCCGGGGCCCGAGUGCUGCUCACCACUAAGGUUGAACCCAGUGAUACCAAGGAGAAAGUUCUUGUGUUCUUUAAAAUCCGGCCAGAAGUCAUCACAGAGGAGAACCUUCAUGAGAAUGUCCUGGUUUCCUCCAUGUUAGACUCUCCUAUCAAUACACUGUACCAGGCGGUCAGGCAGAUAUUUGCUCCAUUGUUAUUGAAGGAUGAGAAAUGGAGUAAGGAGUUUGACCCUAAACUGCAAACAUUGCUUAGUGAUCUGGAGGCUGGUCUGGGCAGUGUGCUGCGGAGGACUGCUACCAGUAGGGGGAGCUCUAAGCCUGGAGGAGAUGAUGAAUUGCAAGGAAUUCUUACUCCUUCUGAUGAAUUUCUGUUCUGGACGGAUAUCGCAGAGAGUCGGAGUAAGCCUGAUGUCAGAGAGCGAGCAGCUCAUUUCUUAAGUUUCUUUCAAGCAAUUGAAAAGUAUUACAGCAGCCUGGAUGCUCUGCCUUUGGCUGAAGUUGUGGAACUUGUAGAAACUACCAGAGAAGCGGUCGAUGACGUGUGGAGGCAGACGGAGCACGACCCCUACCCUGAGCGCCGCAUGAAGCAUUUGCUGGACAUCACCGGAAAUGCACUAGGCCGCUGUGUCCAGAAGAACCUAGGUGAGAUGAAUCUAUGGACAGACCCAUUUCCUGCAGUGAAGGAGAACCUUAGAGCCGGUAUUACCGUUUGUGAGCGGUGGACAGCGGCCUGUGAACAUCUGACUGGCCAGCUUUGGAAACAUUACACUCCUCACCCGUGGAAAAAUGAGAAAUUCCUACCAGAGUCUCUUCAGAACCUUGGCAGACGUCUGGAAGAGGUAUCUACAAUAAGGAUGAUGCAUGAGAAGUUGGCGUACUUUCUUCCCUCUGGUGAAGAUCAUGCUCAGCGCUCUAGAAAACUAUUUGAACCGUUUGCUGGAUUGAACCCUGUGCACUACAACCCUUAUACAGAGCCUUUAUGGAGAGCCGCAGUGUCACAAUAUGAAAGGAUAAUUGAGCCGGCAGAAGAAAAAAUAGCAAGCAAGCUUAAAUCGUCUUUCUCUGAUAUACACGACAGUCCACAACAGCUUCUACAAGCCUUUCAGAGACACAGCGAGCUCGUGAAAAGACCAAGUAUAAGGAGGCAUCUAAUUCUAGAGCGGGAAACCUUGCUGGCCAGACUUGUGGACUAUAUUAAAGAUAUCCGGUCAGACUUUGAAUCACGCUGCCAUGGCUCUCCUGGGGAUUCCUCUGGACCCCUUACUGGCAAGAAUCUGCCUGAGGUUGUGAACAAUGUUGUAUGGGUGCGUCAACUGCAGCUCAAGGUGGAGGAUUCUGUGAAGACAGCAGAAACUCUUCUUUCAGAUCUGUCUGGGUUUCAGUCCUUUCACAAAGACGCCGGAGAACAACUGGAGCAGUUCAGAGAAUACGAACAAGAACAAUUUAGUGAGUGGUCAAGAGAAAUACAGUCUGGUUUAUCAGAUCCUAAAUCAGGAUUUUGCAUACAGCCAAACAGUCAAGUAAUGGAGCUGGACCACUCUAAUGGAGCCCUGAGAAUUCACUAUUCUGACCGGUUGGUUACUCUACUGCGUGAGGUCCGCCAGUUGUUAGCACUUGGAUUAGUAAUUCCUUCUAAGAUCCAGCAAGCUGCCAAGAGCGCGCAGACGUUCUACAAGCAAGCCUUGAUUCUUAAGCAGGUUGCCCAUUUCUACAACACAAUAGACCAGCAGAUGAUUCAGAGUCAGAGACCAAUGAUGUUAAAGUCUGCAUUAGCCUUUGAGCAGAUUAUUAAGAGUUCUAAGGCAAGCUCUGGGGAAUCUGGCCAAAAAACACGUAUAACAUGGGACAGUCCUAAAGAACUUCAGAGCUAUAUUGAGAAGCUACAAAGUGCAGCAGAGCAACUUUCUACUGAAAACCGGAAGCUCAGGAAGAAACAUACAGACUUUUGUGAAAAGGUUGUUGCGCUCAUGAGCAUUGAUUUGCUCCGCCAACAACAGCGAUGGAAAGAUGGACUUUUGGAAAUGCGCAGUGUGUUCUCCAGCCUUGAAUAUCAGGGAAUACGAUCAAGCGACAUGAAGGCUUGGCGCCAGCAUUGGGAUCAUCAGCUUUACAAGGCUCUAGAGCAUCAGUAUCAGAUGGGCCUGGAGGCUCUCAAUGAAAAUCUCCCUGAAAUCAGCAUCGAUCUGACGUUUAAGCAGGGGAGGUUACAGUUUAAACCUCCCUAUGAAGAAAUCCGUGCCAAGUAUUAUCGGGAUAUGAAGAGGUUCAUUUCUAUUCCGAACCAGUUCAGGGGACUGAGCGAGCCGGGUGCAGAGCCAAUCUUUUCUGUGAUGCCUGAGAGGAAUGCAAACGGCUUCAUCACGGUGUUCAGUAAAGCAGAGGAUUUGUUCCGAAGGUUAUCGGCUGUCAUGGGUCGAUUUAAGGAGUGGGUGGUGCUUGGCCAAGUGGACGUGGAUGCCCUGGUUGAGAAAUACUUACACGAUGUUCAUGACUGGGAGAAAAACUUCAAGGCACUUAAAGUCAGGGGUAAAGAAGUAGAGCGUCUCCCAAGUGUUAUAAAGAUUGACUGUUUGACCAUUAACUGCAAUCCGGUCAAGGCCGUCAUUGAUGAUCUAAUUCAGAAGUUGUUUGAUUCUUUGCUGAUAUCGCUCAAGAAAUCUAUCCAAGCUCACCUGCAUGAGAUCGAUACCUUUGUGUCGGAUGGAAUGGAGGUAUUGUCCAGCCGCCCUCAGACUGUUGAGGAGAUAGGAGAAGCCAAUAUGAAACAUGGAGAGCUGAAACUGAAGAAACCUGAGAUUUUGCCAUUAUUCAAGGAAGCCGAAGAUAAAAAUAGAUUGUUGCGCUCUGUCGCAGGGGGUGGCUUGGACACAAUCGGUAAUCUCAGAGCAAAGUGGGAUAAAUUUGAAUUAAUGAUGGAGAGUCAUCAGCUAAUGGUGAAAGAACAGAUUGAAAUAAUGAAGGGAAAUGUGAAAACGAGGGUGAAUAUUUAUAUGCAAGAACUAGAGAAGUUUAAAGCCCGCUGGGACCAGUUUAAACCCAAUGAUGACAUUAUUGAGACUGGAAAAGAGGAUACUUUGGAGAAAAGUGCCCAGUCAAUAAAGGAAAAGAAAAUGGAGUUUGAUGAACUGGAUGCAACAAAGAAAAAACUAAUUGAGGACUGUCUGCAUUUUGACCUGGAGGCUCCUGAUUUCUCCCUUGCCGAUGAGAUAAGGAUUGACAUUGAGGGAUGCACAAAAACAUGGUCUUUAUAUGAGGAGUUCUAUCAAGGGUUUAAUGAGAAGGCAAAAGAAGACUGGAUCUCUUUCAGGAGCAAAUGUUAUAGUUUUGAAGAAUUUCUCCUGGCUUGGCACGACCGACUGCGGAAAAUGGAAGAGCACACCACGAUGUCCGCGAAGCUCCAGGCGGAAAUUGACAGAUACAAGAUGGUGGUUCCAGUGCUAAAGUAUGUACGUGGCGAGCACCUGUCCCAGGAUCACUGGCUGGACCUCUUCAGGUUACUUGGACUUCCAAAAGGAACCACAUUGGAAAAGUUGCUGUUUGGAGAUCUGCUGAAAGUUGCCGAUGCGAUCAUAUCUAAAGCUUCAGAACUUAAAGAUUUGAACAGCCGCGCGCAGGGAGAAGUAACAAUCCGAGAAGCCCUCCGGGAACUGGACAUCUGGGGGACCGGCGCUGUGUUCACAUUAACGGAUUACGAGGACAGCCAGAAACGCACAAUGAAGCUGAUAAAGGACUGGAAGGACAUUGUCAAUCAGGUGGGAGAUAACCGGUGCCUCCUCCAGUCGCUCAAGGACUCCCCCUAUUACAAGGGUUUCGAGGACAAGGUCUCCAUUUGGGAGAGAAAACUUGCAGAACUGGAUGAAUACCUGCAGAGUCUAAACCAGAUACAGAGGAAAUGGGUGUAUCUGGAGCCCAUCUUUGGCCGCGGUGCCCUUCCCAGAGAAGAAGCUCGUUUUAACAGAGUUGAUGAAGACUUUCGAUCAAUAAUGUCAGACAUUAAACGGGACAACAGAGUGACGAUGCUGACAUCACGGAUCGGGAUAAGAAACUCACUGAUUACCAUCCUCGAUCAGCUCCAGAGAUGCCAGAAGUCCCUGAAUGAGUUUCUGGAGGAAAAGCGUUCCGCCUUCCCCCGGUUUUACUUCAUUGGAGACGACGACUUACUGGAAAUACUGGGACAGUCGACAAACCCAGCAGUAAUCCAGUCUCACCUUAAGAAACUUUUCGCUGGAGUGCACAGCGUAGAGUUUGAUAAGGACUUCAAGCAUAUCAUCGCCAUGAAAUCCCUGGAAGGAGAGGUGGUUCCUUUGAAAAACAAGGUCCUAGUUUCGACCGAUGUUGAGGUCUGGUUAAGCAAUUUAGCCAUUCAGAUGAAGUCCACAUUGCAGACAUUACUGGUUGAGUGUGUGGUGGCUGGGAAGAAGUCUCAUGGUACCAUAGAUCCUCUCCGCUUUCCUUCUCAAAUCCUGUGCCUAGCUGAACACAUCCAGUUCACAGAAGAUGUGGAGAAUGCCAUCCGUGGUUACAACCUCCAUGAGGUGGAAAUUGAGCUGACGGCUAAGCUUGAGCACUACAUCGGGAUCGAUGAUACAUCAGCUGCAGAUGAUGCUGAAAUAUUAGAACUGAAGCUGAAAGCACUGAUCCUGGAUGUCAUUCAUAACAUUGAUGUGGUGAAGCAGCUGAUCCAAGCUCAGGUCCAUAGUGUGGACGACUGGACGUGGAAGAAGCAGCUGCGGUUCUACAUGAAGCCGGAUAAGAAGUGCUACGUGCAGAUGGUUGAUGCUGAGAUAGAGUACACCUAUGAAUAUCAGGGCAAUGCUCCUAAGUUGGUGUACACCCCUCUGACAGACAAGUGUUACCUUACUCUGACUCAGGCCAUAAAGAUGGGCUUGGGAGGAAAUCCAUAUGGCCCAGCUGGAACUGGUAAAACAGAAUCGGUGAAGGCGUUGGGUGGUCUUUUCGGCCGACAAGUGUUGGUUUUCAACUGUGAUGAGGGUAUCGAUGUAAAAUCUAUGGGGAGAAUAUUUGUUGGCUUGGUGAAAUGUGGAGCUUGGGGUUGCUUUGAUGAAUUCAAUAGACUUGAAGAAGCCGUGCUGUCUGCAGUGUCCAUGCAGAUCCAAACCAUUCAGGAUUCUUUAAAGAAUCACAGGGCCACCUGCGAGCUGCUAGGGAAAGAGGUGGAGUUAGACCCCAAUUCUGGGAUUUUCAUAACUAUGAAUCCUGCCGGCAAGGGCUAUGGCGGUCGACAGAAACUGCCCGAUAACCUAAAACAGCUGUUCCGACCAGUAGCCAUGUCCCGACCCGACAAUGAGCUCAUUGCUGAGGUCAUUCUUUGUUCUGAAGGUUUUAAGGAAGCAAAGACACUGGGUCGGAAGCUAGUGGCAAUCUUUAAUCUCGCCAGGGAAUUGUUGACACCCCAGCAGCAUUAUGACUGGGGAUUAAGAGCCCUGAAGACGGUCCUGAGAGGCUGUGGGAAUCUUCUUCAGCCAUUAAAAAAAGCUGGAGCAAAGAUGAAUAUUAGUGAAAGCCAUAUUGUAGUUCAAGCUCUGAGGCUUAAUACCAUGUCAAAGCUGACAUUUGCUGACUGCUCCCGUUGCGAUGCUUUGAUCAAGGACGUUUUCCCUGGCAUUGAUUUUAAGGAUGUGGAGUACAUAGAGUUAAGUGCCGCUCUACAGCAGGCCUUUGAGGAAGCACAUCUAGAAAUCAUACCAAGUCAGAUUAAGAAAGCACUAGAGCUGUAUGAGCAGCUGCGCCAGAGAAUGGGAGUAGUAAUCGUUGGACCAAGUGGUGCCGGCAAGUCUACCUUAUGGCGCAUGUUACGUGCUGCCCUUGGGAAGACCGGAAAGGUUGUAAAACAGUAUACCAUGAAUCCUAAAGCUAUGCCCAGACAGCAGUUACUUGGACACAUAGACAUGGAUACCAGAGAGUGGUCAGAUGGAGUCCUAACCAAUAGUGCCCGUCAAGUUGUACGAGAACCUCAAGAAAUCAGCUCCUGGAUCAUUUGUGACGGCGACAUUGACCCGGAGUGGAUUGAAUCUUUAAACUCCGUUCUCGAUGACAACCGCCUCCUCACUAUGCCCAGCGGGGAGAGGAUUCAAUUUGGUCCCAAUGUAAAUUUUGUGUUUGAAACUCACGACUUGAGCAGCGCUUCUCCAGCCACCAUUUCCAGGAUGGGGAUGAUAUUCCUAAGUGAUGAAAACACCGAUCUGAACUCUUUGAUCCGUUCCUGGCUCCGGGGACAGCCCGAAACACACAGAGAGAAUUUGGAGAACUGGAUUGGAGACUAUUUUGAGAAGGCUUUAAAUUGGGUUCUUAAGCAGAAUGAUUUUGUGGUGGAAACCAGUCUCAUUGGGACAGUUAUGAACGGUCUCUCUCACCUACAUGGCAGUACCGAUCGAUGCCAAUUCAUCACUGGUCUGAUCCGAGGCCUCGGGGGAAACCUCAACAUGAAGUCCAGAAAUGACUUUGCCAAAGAGGUUUUCACUUGGGCUCGCGAAUCUCCCCCUGAUCCCCGCAAACCACUGGAUACCUAUUACGAUGAUAAAACCGGUCGACUAAUGUCCUACAGCUUUGAGAAGCCUGGAAAUUUGACCAUUGAAGACUUCAGGAAUCCCCAGACUCUUCCAGUUAUCAGAACUCCUGACAUUCAGAGAGGAUUGGACUACUUUAGGCCAUGGCUGGGUUCUGACACCAAACAGCCCUUCAUACUGGUGGGACCGGAAGGGUGUGGAAAGGGGAUGUUGCUUCGCUAUGCAUUUUCCCAGCUACGGUCAACUCACAUUGCGACGGUUCACUGCAGUGCACAGACGACGUCCCGCCAUGUGUUGCAGAAACUAACACAGACCUGUUUAGUCAUCAGCACCAACACAGGCCGAGUGUACAGACCCAAAGACUGCGAGAGACUGGUCCUGUACUUGAAAGACAUCAACCUCCCUAAGCCAGACAAAUGGGGCACCAACACCCUGGUAGCUUUUCUACAGCAGGUUCUGACGUAUCACGGCUUUUAUGACGAUAACUUGGAAUGGGUUGGCCUAGAAAACAUUCAGAUUGUGGCUUCUAUGUCUGCCGGCGGCACCAUUGGUCGGCAUAAACUGACAACCAGAUUUACCUCUGUGGUCCGGAUAUGUGCAGUCGACUAUCCGGAGCGGGACCAACUGCAGACCAUUUGCAGCUCCUAUUUAGAGCCUGUUCUACAUCAGAGUCUAAAGAAGCACCCCAUAUGGGGUUCAGCCGCUAAAAUCCACCAGCUAGCAGGGUCAAUGGUUCAAGUAUAUGAACAGGUCCGGAUGAAGUUUUCGGUUGACGAUCAUAGUCAUUAUCUGUUUACACCGUGUAUCCUCACACAGUGGAUUCUCGGGUUGUUUAGAUACAACUUAACUGGAGGAUCCUCACAACAACCUCAAGAAAAUGUCCUGGAGAUUGUGGCCUAUGAAGCUCGGAGAUUGUUCCGGGACAGGAUUGUGACCUCCAAGGAGCUGAACGUCUUUGACAAUAUUUUAAUAUCGGUGCUGCAAGGAGACUGGGGGUCCGAUAUACUGGACCACGUGGCAGACUUGUUCUAUGUAACGUGGGGAGCUCUGCAUGAAGCAGGAUCAGUACUUGCCCCUGGACAGGCCUUACCCCCUCACGGACGGCCGCUGGGAAGGUUGAACUCUGCUGACUUUAAAGACGUUAUUAAGAAGGGUGUAAUUCAGUUCAGCCGCGAUAAUCGAGAGUUGGAUCUUCUCCUGUUCCAUGAAGUUUUGGAUUUCAUGUCUCGAGUAGAUCGUGUGCUGAGCUUUCCAGGUGGAUCCCUUCUCCUGGCAGGACGGAGCGGUGUUGGCCGUAGAACUGUCACUUCUCUUGUCACCCACAUGCAUGGAAUGGCGCUCUUCACGCCUAAGAUCUCCAGAGGAUAUGAGCUCAAACAGUUCAAGAACGACCUAAAGCAGGUCAUGCAGAUGGCUGGUAUAGAAGGACACCAAGUAGUUCUGCUCCUCGAGGAUUAUCAGUUUGUCCAUCCAACAUUUCUAGAGAUGAUCAACAGCCUGCUGUCAUCAGGCGAAGUUCCUGGCUUAUAUACCAUGGAGGAGCUGGAGCCGCUGUUAUCUCCACUGAAGGACCAGGCCUCAGAAGAUGGAUUUACAGGAUCACUAUUCACUUAUUUCACUUUCAGAGUUCUGCAGAAUCUGCACAUUGUCCUCAUCUUGGAUUGUACAAAUAAUAAUUUCACAAUAAACUGUGAGAGUAACCCAGCGUUAUACAAGAAAUGCUCAGUGCAGUGGAUGGAGGGCUGGUCUGAUAGGAGCAUGAAGAAGAUUCCUAAGAUGUUAUUUUCUGACAAAAGUCAAGAGAAGAAUCGGCACUCUGAGUACAAAAAGUCUUCUCCAGGAGAGUCCGACUUUUAUAAAUCUUUCUUGACGAUUCAUGAAUCCUGCAAAGCUUAUGGAGCAACUCCAAGACGGUACAUGACCUUCCUUCAAGUGUAUGGCUCGCUGUUUAGCAGUAAGAAAGCUGAGCUCACCAAGAAACAACAGCAUUUACAGGCUGGAGUAUCCAAACUCAAUGAAGCAAAGUCUCUAGUAGAUGAACUGAAGAGGAAAGCCGGAGAGCAGAGCUUAUUGCUGCAAACUAAACAGGCCGAGGCUGAUGCAGCUCUACAAGAGAUCACCUCCUCCAUGCAGGAUGCCAGCGAUCAAAAGACCGAAAUGGAGAAAAUAAAGCACAGAAUAGCAGAGGAGUCUGUAAAGAUUGAAGAAAGGAAGAGGAAAAUUGAUGACGAACUGAAGGAUGUUCAGCCUUUGGUGGAUGAAGCAAAGAAGGCGGUUGGUAACAUAAAACCAGAGUCUCUGUCAGAGAUCCGCUCCUUACGGAUGCCUCCAGACAUUAUCCGGGACAUUCUUGAAGGUGUUCUAAGGCUCAUGGGAAUCUUUGAUACGUCCUGGGUGAGCAUGAAGAGCUUCCUUGCUAAGAGGGGAGUGAGGGAAGAAAUUGUGACUUUUGACGUGAGAAACAUCACAAAAGAAAUCCGUGAAAGUGUCGAAGAGCUGCUUUCAAAGAAUCACACAUCUUUUGAUGCCAAGAACGCCAAAAGGGCCAGUGCUGCUGCGGCUCCUCUUGCUGCCUGGGUGAAGGCGAACGUGCAGUACUCUCAUGUGCUGGAGAAAAUCGAGCCCCUAGAGAAAGAACAGGCAGCGCUGCAGGCUAAUUUUCGAAGAAUAGAAGAAAGAAAACACAAACUGGAAGAACAGCUUAAUACCGUCGGCCAGAGGGUGACGGAACUGAAAGAGAAGUUCCAGACAAGAACGACUGAAGCUGCUAAACUUGAAGCAGAGUUAUCAAAGGCUCAAGAGAUAAUUCAGUCUGCAGAAUUACUGAUAAACCAGUUGGAUGGAGAACACAAAAGGUGGAAUGCCCAGGUGGAAGAAAUAACAGAAGAAUUAAAUACAUUGCCAAAGAGAGCCCAACUGGCGGCAGCCUUCAUCACUUACAUAUCCGCUGCCCCCGAGGAUCAGAGGAAGGACAGCAUCGAUCAGUGGAGGACAUCAGUAGGACUGGAAACAUUUGAUUUAAGGAGGUUUUUGUCUACGGAAAGCGUGCAACUCAUUUGGAAAAGUGAAGGUCUGCCCUCUGAUGAGCUGUCGGUAGAGAACGCUCUGGUCAUUUUACAGAUCUGUUCUUUGAAACCAUCGAGUCAGGUCUGUCCAUUUUUGAUUGAUCCGUCUUCUCAAGCCACUGAAUGGUUGAAAACACAUUUGAAGGAGUCUCGGCUGGAAGUCAUUAAUCAGCAGGAUGCAAACUUCAUUACGGCUCUUGAGCUGGCUGUCCGCUUUGGCAAGACACUUAUUAUCCAGGAGAUGGAUGGAGUGGAGCCCGUGCUGUAUCCAUUACUUAGAAGAGAUCUUAUUGCUCAGGGACCCCGGUAUGUUGUCCAGAUUGGAGAGAAAACCAUAGACUAUAAUGAAGAAUUCCGCUUAUUUCUGGCAACACGCAAUCCUAAUCCGUUCAUACCGCCGGAUGCCUCUUCCAUUGUUACAGAGGUUAAUUUUACAACCACCAGAGCUGGAUUACGAGGACAGCUCCUGGCACUUACGAUUCAGCAUGAAAAACCAGACCUCGAAGAACAGAAGACCAAAUUACUGCAGCAAGAGGAAGAUAAGAAAAUCCAGCUGGCUAAGCUGGAAGAGUCGCUCCUGGAGACGCUCGCCACAUCCCAAGGAAACAUGCUUGACAACAAGGGGCUGAUUAACUCCUUGAAUCAGACCAAAGCGAGCAGCGCGCUCAUCCAGGACUCCCUCAGCGAAUCACACCGGCUUCAGAUUUCCCUGGAUCAGGAGCGGAAUGCCUAUCUUCCACUUGCAGAAAGUGCCAGCAAAAUGUAUUUCAUUAUCUGUGACUUAUCCAAAAUUAAUAACAUGUACCGCUUUAGUUUGGCUGCUUUCCUUAGACUCUUUCAGCGAACUUUGCUUAGCAAACAGGAUCCAGGAAGUACAGAAUUAAGGAUCAAGUCACUGAUCAGUUCCUUGAAGCACAUGGUCUAUGAGUAUGUGUGUCGUUCAUUAUUUAAGGCGGACCAGUUGAUGUUUGCUUUACAUUUUGUGCGCGGCAUGCAUCCUGAGAUAUUCCAGGAGAAUGAGUGGAAUGUCUUCACCGGAGUUGUCAUUGGAGACAUGAUCAAGAAAUCUGAUUCCCAGAAGAGCCUCCGUGAUCAGAUCCCAUCCUGGAUUGAGCAGGAAAGAGCCUGGGCCGUGGCCUUAUUAAAGGCCUCUCUGCCGCCUCUUUAUCAGAGCCUGAAUCUGGAAGAUACAAAUCUGUGGAGUCAUUUCUCAAAGAGCUCGGUGUGUGAGCAAGAAUUCCCAGCAGCCGUUGCCAAGAAGCUGUCCUUGUUUCAACAGAUUCUUGUGGUACAAGCAGUUCGGCCGGACAGACUUCAGAGUGCCAUGGCCAUGUUUGCUUGUCGGACUCUGGGUCUGAAAGAAUUAUCUCCUGCACCCCUUAAUCUGAAACGUCUCAGUAAGGACACUCUGGCUAUUGAACCCGUUCUCAUAAUUAUAUCUCCUGGAGCCGACCCGUCCCAGGAGCUGCAGGAGCUUGCCAGUGCUGAAGUUGGGAGAGAAUGCUAUCGUGAGGUGGCAAUGGGUCAAGGCCAAGCUGAUGUGGCCAUACAGACGCUGAGGGAAUGCGCCCGGGAGGGAGAGUGGCUGUGUCUGAAGAAUCUGCAUCUUGUCAUCUCUUGGCUGCCGGUCCUGGAAAAGGAAUUAAACACUCUGCAACCAAAAUCGACUUUCCGUCUCUGGCUUACUGCAGAAGUGCACCCAAAAUUUACACCAAUACUAUUGCAGUCCAGUCUAAAGAUAACCUAUGAGGCUCCUCCUGGAUUGAAGAAGAAUCUGUUAAGAACUUAUGAAUCAUGGACGCCAGAGCAAAUUGGCAAGGGAGGGCUCGCAUCUCGGGCACAAGCUUUAUUUAACCUGGCAUGGUUUCAUGCAGUGUGUCAAGAAAGGAGGAACUACAUCCCUCAGGGCUGGACUAAAUUCUAUGAAUUCUCUCUGUCGGACCUGCGUGCCGCUUAUGAAAUUAUCGAUCGUCUUUUUGAAGGUGGCAGAACCUUCCAGUGGGAUUUUGUUAAUGGUCUUUUAGAGAAUGCAAUUUAUGGAGGACGAGUAGAUAACUACUUUGAUUUACGAGUUCUGCGCUCCUAUCUGGAACAGUUCUUCAAUGCUCAUGCAUCAGGGAUGAGGGGAAACAAGAUGACGUUCCCAUUGUCCAUCUCCUUGCCAAAUUCCUGCAGCAUAAUGGAGUACCGCAAUGUGAUUGAAGGCCUGCCUGAGGAUGAUAAGCCUGCUUUCUUUGGGCUUCCUGCUAAUAUUGCACGUUCUUCCCAGCGCAUGAUCAGUUCUCAGGUGAUAUCACAGUUGCGGAUCCUGAGCCGAGCAGUCACUGCAGGAUCGAAGUUUGACAGAGAUUUGUGGUCCAAUGAAUUAUCUCCUGUCCUCAAUCUAUGGAAGAAAAUUAACCAGACUUCAAACUUGAUCCAUCAGAAGGUGUCUCCUCCAACAGAGCGGCACGGCUCCCCCAUCCUGUCAUUCAUCAUCCUGGAGCAGUUCAAUGCUAUCCGCCUGGUUCAAAGUAUCCACCAGUCCCUGGCGGCUCUGAGCAAGGUUAUCAGAGGGACGUCAUUGUUGACCUCCGAAGUACAAAAGCUAGCAAGUGCUUUAUUAGAGCAGAAGUGUCCUCUUGCCUGGCAAAGCAAAUGGGAAGGCCCAGAAGACCCUCUUCAGUAUCUCAGAGGACUCGUAUCCAGAGCCGUGGCAAUACAGAACUGGGUGGAAAAAGCCGAGAAGCAGACACUGUUAUCAGAUACUCUUGAUUUGUCGGAGCUGUUCCAUCCAGACACAUUCCUAAAUGCUCUCCGCCAGGAAACUGCGAGAACAAUGAACUGCUCCAUGGAUAACCUGAGAUUUGUGGCGUCUUGGAAAGGGAGGAUUCAUGAUGCAAAGCUCCAAGUCAAGAUAAGCGGAUUACAGCUGGAAGGAUGCAGUUUUGAUGGAAACCAUCUUUCUGAAAAUCAGCAUGACUCCCCGAGUGUAUCAGUGGUCCCCCCUUGUUAUAUGGCCUGGAUUUCACAGCAGUCCAAUGGGAUCUACUCCCAGGAAGAGUGUAUUUCCUUCCCUGUGUACACCAGUGCUGAGAGGGAUCGCGUGGUCACCAAUAUCGAUUUGCCGUGUGGCGGAAACCAGAACCGCUGGAUCCAGUGCGGAGCCGCCUUGUUUCUUAAGAAUCAGUAGAAGUUACAGUAUAUUAUCUGCUGUAAAUACAUAGAGUUUACUAUAUUUUUAUUCUAUUGCAUUUCAUUAUUAUAUUAUGAAAUUGUAUGUGGAUUAUGCCAAGCAUGAAUUAAAUAUGUUCCUGUAUUC